UUCUGUCUGUUGGCUAUGUCAGGCGCACUAAAGUGUGAAGAGCAGAGGAGGAGCAAGAAAGAGAGGAGGAUGGUGAUACACGUCUCUUCAUCUCCUCAGACCAUGGCUGACUAUGGCAUAUUGCUUAAACAUUGGGGUAAAGUGGAGGCAGACUACGAUGGCCACGGGAACCUGUUUAUGACCCGUUUAUUCAAGAAGCACCCAGAUACCCAAAAGAUGUUCCCCAAGUUUGCUGACAUCGCCCAGGCUGACCUGGCUAGUAAUGCACAUGUUACUGCCCUGGGUUCUGCCGUGCUUAAGAAACUGGGUGAGGUGCUGAAGGCCGGAGGCAACCACGCUGCCAUCCUCAAACCUGUGGCCAAAAGCCAUGCAGAGAAGCUCAAGAUCCCAUUUGAUAAACUUCAGUUGCUGAUCGAUGCGGUUGCUGAAAUCAUAAAGGAGAAGGCAGAACUGGAUGCCGAUGGGCAGCAAGCCCUGAAGGGAAUGAUGGCUGUUGUCCAUGCCAACUUCGAGGCCACCUACAAAGAGCUGGGCCUCAUCGCCUGAAGAUGAAAAUCAUAUCAAAGUCAUGUAAGACGCAGAUGAGAGACAAAAAAAUUAUCUUUUUUUUUUUUUUUUUUAGCUUUGGUAAACAACUAUUCUGCAAUGAAAUGAAAUUUAUUACAGCACCACCGUAAAUUACAUCCUUAAAUAAUACUAUGAAGAUCAUAAAGAACAGAAUGCAUCUUUUAUUGCAGCAUUAUUGUGUUGAAUUCUGUGUAAUGGUGUAGGUUUUUCUGUUACUGUAUCCACUCCUGUUACUGUAUCCACUCCUAACUGUAACUGUAACUGUUUUUAUUACAGUUAAAUGAGGUUGAUAUUUUUGCUGGGAGUCUUGACUAACAACAAAACUGUAAACCUUUUCAAUAUAUUACCAAUAAAAUUCUGUCACUCUGCUCUGCUCA